CCCCCCCCCCCCCCCCCCUUUCGUACCAAAGGGGAAAUUCCCGUUGGGGGGGCGGGCGUGAGAACGUUUCGUUGGCGAUCGAUGGGCGACAGCUCACGGAAUGACGGACGGCAAGGCUCAGGACAUGCAGGACAUGCAGCCAGGAGCACUCGACCCAGCGACCCAUCACGACCAGGCAGCAGGAAGCCAGCGCAUUCCCCUCGAUCAUGGCAUACGAUAUACGAACUAUACAAUAUAAGAUUAUACAGUUCAAUAGAUCAAUAUCCUACUACACCUCUCGAGCCACAGAUCGCACACAAUGGACAACUUCUACACCGUCGCCGACGACCUGAUGGUCACCUGUCGAGAUCUCAGCACCACCUUUCGGCACCCCUUUCCUUACGCUGCCGAGUAUAUCCGACAAGUCGCAGCCGACAUCACCCUUGGCAAUAUUGGGGAUCUCACCUUGUCAAAGAUCAUCUUUGUGCCGGAUGUACAGGAUACAUUCGUACCUUGGGUCUCGCUUCGCGGCGACGAUGCAAAGACGAAGCAUAGGAUCCUAUGUCUCAGCCCCGGUUUCACCACGAAUCCCGUUUCGCGACCCAAAGGCAGGAUGCUUAGGGUUCAAGUUGAGCAGAUCGAUCUCGAUUUUGAUCUCGUCUCCAUCGAAGGCCUGCCUCUACCCUUUCGCAUUAAACAAGCGAAAGGCAGCUCGACCAUCGGAUACCUGCUGGAAACACCAGCCGAAGCGGCUACAGCCCCGCGAGACUACGACAAGAUGACCAGCGUGUUAGCAGACAGUCUGGGCAAGACCCUCGGAACCUUCGGGACCACCAAGGCUCUCGAAUCAGUGGAACUACCCGAAUCGCACCUACCCGAAGGCUGUCUUUCUCUCGAUGCUGAGGGCCCCAAGUCUUUCCCAGUACCUGCUGCUGGAGCAUCAACCAUGACGAGCCUCGCACAUCGGGUCGAUUGCCGACUUCAGGUCGAUCGUCCAGUACAGGUUACGGGCCGAGCGCGAAUGCGCAGCUCAGAUACUGAACAGGUCGCGGAGAAGGAGGGAAAACGCCCUGCACCAGCGGCUCGAGGUUUCACGCAGGCUGGACCUUCCUGGAUGACCGUCUCUGGGCCGUCGAAGCCGUCGGAGAAGCCUCAGGCGACGACCACGGGACCGUCGCCGUCGAUCUCGCCGAAGCCCAGAAAGGGCAAGCUGAGUGAGCAAGAGAAAGCUGAGAGGAAGAAGCAGAGGGAGAGGAUUGCUUUGGAGAGAAAGUUAGCAAAUCUGAAGGCCGAGAUGAUCCAGGUGCAAGCCAAAAUCGAUGCGCACGACCGGGCCGAGCUUGACGCCGAGAUCCUCGCUUUGGUCGAGGUCGAUGAGCAAGCUGAGGGUCUCGGCGUCAAGCUCGAGGAGGAGGAAGACGAGCUCGAGGAGGAGGAAGACGAGCUUGGAGAAUGAUUUCAUGACCAACGAUGAUUGAGAAGAAUCCAGAAGCGAAAUCGAUUAACGACUUGUAACUUGUAGCUUGUAACAAAUUACGUAUCACGUCUCCGGCCACAAGUCACGGGCCUUGAACCGCGUUGCGAGAUGAUGACGACCUCCCUGUUAGCUAGAUGGUCGUAGUCCAUCCUUGUAAGCUUGUGAUAGACAC